AUGUCUGAAGAAUAUACUAUCAAACCAGAAAAUGUGGCUCCAUCAGCCGACACAAGUGAAUGGCCAUUAUUGCUAAAGAACUAUGACAAGCUUUUAGUUAGAAGCGGCCAUUACACUCCUAUCCCAACUGGGUCCUCUCCUCUAAAGAGGGAUUUGAAAUCUUAUGUGAGUUCUGGUAUCAUUAAUUUGGAUAAGCCUUCUAACCCAUCAUCCCAUGAAGUUGUGGCUUGGAUUAAGCGUAUUUUGCGUUGCGAUAAAACUGGUCACUCCGGUACUUUGGAUCCAAAGGUUACUGGUUGUUUGAUCGUGUGUAUUGACAGAGCUACUAGGUUGGUGAAGUCCCAGCAGGGUGCUGGUAAGGAGUAUAUUUGUGUUGUCAGGUUACACGAUGCUUUGAAAGACGAGAAGGAUUUGGGAAGAGCUUUAGAAAACUUGACUGGUGCAUUAUUCCAAAGGCCACCUUUGAUUUCUGCCGUUAAGCGUCAACUUCGUGUCCGUACUAUUUACGAUUCUAACUUGCUUGAGUUUGACAAUAAGAGAAACUUGGGUGUAUUCUGGGCCUCAUGUGAAGCCGGUACAUAUAUGAGAACUUUAUGUGUGCAUCUAGGUAUGCUUCUAGGAGUUGGUGGACACAUGCAAGAGUUGCGCCGUGUUAGAUCUGGUGCUUUAUCCGAAAAUGAUGAGAUGGUUUCCUUGCAUGAUGUUUUGGACGCCCAGUGGGUUUACGACAACACCAGAGACGAGUCCUACUUGAGAAAAAUUAUUAAACCACUAGAAACCUUACUAGUUGGUUACAAGAGAAUUGUUGUUAAGGAUUCUGCUGUUAAUGCUGUCUGUUAUGGUGCUAAGUUAAUGAUUCCUGGUUUGUUACGUUACGAAGAAGGUAUCGAGUUAUACGAUGAGGUUGUAUUAAUGACCACCAAGGGUGAAGCCAUUGCCAUUGCUAUUGCUCAAAUGUCUACUGUUGACCUAGCCACAUGUGACCACGGUGUUGUUGCCAAGGUUAAGAGGUGUAUCAUGGAAAGAGACUUGUAUCCAAGAAGAUGGGGAUUGGGUCCAGUUGCUCAAAAGAAGAAGCAGCUCAAGGCCGACGGUAAGCUAGAUAAGUUUGGCCGUGUUAACGAAAACACUCCAGACGAGUGGAAGAAGGGUUAUGUGUCCUUGGAGGCUGAUACUGCCGUCCCAGCUACGACAAGCGUAAAGGAGACUGUUACCGUUGAGGAGGUUCAUAAGGUCGAGAAGGUAGUCGAAGCACCAAAGGUGGACGAACGCGAAGAAGAAGAUGAUGAGGAAGAAGAGAAAUCAGAUGAUAAGAAGGAGAAGAAAGAGAAGAAGGAAAAGAAAGAAAAGAAAGAAAAGAAGGAGAGUAAGGAGAAGAAGGAAAAGAAGGAAAAGAAGGAGAAGAAGGAGAAGAAGGAGAAGAAGGACAAGAAGAAGAGAGAAGCAGAAGAUGAAGCUGAAGGUCCGGAGAAAAAGAAGAAGUCUAAGAAAUAA